AUGGCAUGGACUGAGAAAGAUGUUGAUGAUGGGAGUGAAAGACACCCAAUUCGAGAGAAUGGUUUCUUGAAAGGAUCACAACCUUCAACUGGUACUGGUGGGUCUCCUGUUAGUAUUGCUUCAGUACAAAAGGGGUUUGAAGUGAAGGACACACUUUCUUAUGCCACCAUUCUUCGAUCCAGGAACAAGUUUGUUGAUGCACUUGCUCUGUAUGAUAGUAUAUUGGAGAAAGAUAGUGGAAAUGUUGAAGCCCACAUUGGAAAGGGGAUAUGCCUGCAGAAGCAGAAUACGGGAAGGCUCGCUUUUGACAGUUUUGCAGAAGCCAUCAGGCUGGACCCCCAGAAUGCAUGUGCCCUCACCCAUUGUGGAAUUUUGUACAAAGAUGAAGGCCGCCUGGUAGAGGCUGCAGAGUCGUAUCAGAAGGCCCUAAAAGCAGAUGCUUCCUAUAAACCGGCUGCAGAAUGCCUAGCCAUUGUUUUAACUGAUCUGGGAACCAGUUUAAAGCUUGCUGGAAAUACUCAAGAGGGAAUACAGAAGUAUUAUGAGGCGCUUAAAACAGAUCCACAUUAUGCUCCUUCCUAUUAUAACCUUGGGGUUGUCUACUCUGAAAUGAUGCAAUAUGAAACAGCUCUUAGUUGCUAUGAGAGGGCAGCACUUGAAAGACCCAUGUAUGCUGAAGCAUACUGCAAUAUGGGUGUCAUCUAUAAAAACCGUGGUGAUUUGGAGUUAGCCAUAGCCUGUUAUGAGAGGUGUCUAGCUGUAUCGCCAAACUUUGAGAUAGCAAAGAAUAAUAUGGCAAUAGCCUUGACAGAUUUGGGAACAAAGGUUAAAUUGGAGGGAGACAUCAAUCAAGGUGUGGCAUAUUACAAGAAGGCCUUAUAUUAUAAUUGGCACUAUGCUGAUGCAAUGUAUAAUCUUGGGGUUGCUUAUGGUGAAAUGUUGAAGUUUGACAUGGCAAUUGUUUUCUAUGAACUUGCUUUCCACUUCAAUCCACAUUGUGCAGAGGCAUGCAACAAUUUAGGAGUUAUAUAUAAAGACGGUGACAACCUUGAUAAAGUUGUGGAGUGCUAUCAGAUGGCAUUGUCAAUCAAACCAAACUUCUCACAGUCAUUGAACAACCUUGGUGUCGUGUACACUGUCCAGGGGAAGAUGGAUAUUGCUGCAAGCAUGAUUGAGAAAGCUAUCAUGGCAAAUCCCACAUAUGCAGAAGCCUAUAAUAAUCUAGGGGUACUUUACAGAGAUGCUGGAAGUAUAGCUCAGGCUAUUGAUGCUUAUGAGAAAUGCCUUAAGAUAGAUCCUGACUCUCGCAAUGCAGGACAGAAUCGAUUGCUUGCAAUGAACUACAUAGAAGAGGGACAUGAUGAUAAACUCUUCGAGACUCACAGGGACUGGGGUAGGCAAUUUAUGAGGCUAUACCCACAGUACACUUCAUGGGACAAUCCAAAAGAUCGAGAAAGACAACUUGUGAUUGGAUAUGUUUCUCCAGAUUAUUUUACACAUUCAGUAUCUUAUUUCGUCGAGGCUCCUCUUGUUUACCAUGACUAUGCAUUAUACAAGGUGGUGGUUUAUUCAGCCGUCGUGAAGGCAGAUGCAAAAACUAACAGAUUUAAGGAGAAAGUCCUUAAAAAGGGUGGGAUAUGGAGAGAUAUAUAUGGGAUUGAUGAGAAGAAGGUAGCAAGCAUGGUAAGAGAAGAUAAAGUUGAUAUCUUGGUAGAACUUACUGGUCAUACUGCUAACAAUAAGUUGGGAAUGAUGGCAUGUCGACCAGCUCCAGUUCAGGUGACUUGGAUUGGAUACCCUAAUACAACUGGCUUACCUAGCAUUGAUUACAGAAUAACUGAUUCACUGGCUGAUCCUCCUGAUACUAAGCAAAAGCAUGUCGAGGAGUUAGUUCGACUGCCUGAAUGCUUCCUUUGUUAUACUCCUUCUCCGGAGGCUGGGCCUGUUUCUCCAACUCCCGCUCUUUCCAAUGGCUUCAUAACAUUUGGUAGCUUUAACAAUCUUGCUAAGAUAACACCUAAAGUGUUGCAAGUGUGGGCUAGGAUACUCUGUGCUGUUCCAAACUCAAGACUUGUGGUGAAGUGCAAGCCAUUUUGCUGUGAUAGUGUAAGACAAAUAUUUCUUACGCUGCUGGAGCUGCUGGGGUUGGAAUCGCUCCGUGUUGAUCUAUUGCCUUUAAUUCUUCUAAAUCACGAUCAUAUGCAAGCAUAUUCCCUUAUGGAUAUUAGUUUGGAUACUUUUCCAUAUGCUGGGACAACCACGACUUGUGAAUCUCUCUACAUGGGUGUGCCAUGUGUUACGAUGGCUGGUUCAUUACAUGCUCACAAUGUUGGUGUGAGUCUUCUCAGCAAAGUUGGUUUAGGACAUCUGAUUGCAAAAAAUGAAGAUGAGUAUGUCCAGUUGGCAUUGCAACUGGCCUCAGACGUCACAGCUCUCACAAACUUGAGGAUGAGUCUUCGGGAGCUUAUGGCUAAAUCACCUGUCUGUGAUGGACUGAACUUUACCCUCGGAUUAGAGUCAACUUAUCGGGAUAUGUGGCGCAGGUAUUGCAAGGGUGACGUACCAUCUUUAAAGAGAAUGGAAACGCUACAACAGCAGGCUGUUCCGGUAGAGCCACCUAUCAAUAAUUCUGAGCCAACAAGGAUCACAAUCUCAAGGGAGGGUCCACCCUGACCUAUCAAGGCCAAUGGAUUUAAUAAUCCUGUUUCGUCAUCCAUAGAUCAUGGUGCAUAUCGCUGCUGAAGAAAAUGGAACGCAGUCAAAUCAGACUACAAAUUUGGGCAAGCUGAGCUGAAUUUGAAUCUGAUCUUACCGGUGCAUGUGAGCCAUUUAAUGGAUUCAAUAGUGUAUCUUAUAAAAGGGUGGAGCCUCAAUUUAUUUGCAUAGGACUAAAUACAAUUGGGAAAAGAUGCCGCAAGCAUAAUAUAUUUUCCAUUGUGACAGAGGAGUCUUGGCUGAUUGAAGAAAGAUGAUGCUUUGAGUUCCCUAUUUGUAGGUGUUAUUGUUUGCAUUGCAGUAUUUUCCUCCUCAAAUAUAUAAAUUAGUUGGCCUGUAAAUCAGGAGACCCGUCACCUUCCCCCGUCUGCCCUCCCGCUUCCGUCUUCACCAUGGCCUUUUCUCAAUAUGCAAGAUUUCGGGAUUGAUUUCAGAGUUGGAGAUGGGAUGUAACAAUUUAGGUUUCCACGUUUCCAUGUGAAUCAAUGAUCAUUCUAAUGGUCAAUAUAUUGCAGCAGAUUCAAACCUGGAACUUAUAUUGUUGUGUAAUGUCCAAUGCUUAUGUUGGUUUA